UUCUGGCAGAGGCGGGGCGGCGGGAGCUAUGGCGGCGGUGACAGAUUUGCAGCGGCUGCAGGCCCGUGUGGAGGAGCUGGAGCGCUGGGUGUACGGGCCGGGUGGGUCUCGCGGCUCGCGGAAGGUGGCCGAUGGCCUGGUCAAGGUGCAGGUGGCUUUGGGGAACAUCGCCAGCAAGAGGGAGAGGGUGAAGAUUCUGUACAAAAAGAUUGAAGACCUGAUCAAAUACCUGGAUCCUGAGUACAUUGACCGCAUUGCCAUACCUGAUGCCUCUAAGCUGCAGUUCAUCUUAGCAGAGGAGCAGUUUAUCCUCUCCCAGGUUGCGCUUCUGGAGCAGGUGGAGGCUUUGGUGCCCAUGCUGGACAGCAGUCAUAUCAAAGCCGUUCCUGAGCAUGCCGCCCGCCUGCAGCGCUUGGCCCAGAUCCACAUCCAGCAGCAGGACCAGUGUGUGGAGAUCACUGAGGAGUCCAAGGCUCUCCUGGAGGAAUACAACAAGACUACAGUGCUUCUCUCCAAGCAGUUCGUGCAGUGGGAUGAGCUACUUUGCCAGUUAGAGGCUGCCAAGCAAGUGAAGCCAGCAGAGGAGUGAUGGCUGCUUCCCAUCCUAGGGUGGGCCAGGGCAGCCAGGCUCCAGGCCCUGUGCCAACCUGCCCUUGUAACAGGACAGAGCAGAGGCAGCUCUGUAUUUAUUGGAUUCACAGCCUACCUGUCUGCACUCAGGUGGGGCUCUGGGGUCAGAGGUCUGGCUACUUGAGAUUUGCUAUUUGCACCCCCUCCCCUCAUCAGUGUCCUGUUCCAAAGACAAUAAACUGUACAGAUUACUGGA